CAUUAGUAGAAAUCCCUUGUUUCUCUACUCUUCCCUCACUCGGUUCACUCGCCUAUGUUCUUUUGUUUCCAGGCCUCCCGUUGUGGUGUUGGUGCCCGCUCAUCGCUGUCCUCACGCAAGUCGAAACUCUGCUCCAAGUUUGAGCCUGAUCCGAGGCUCCCACACCACUCUCUUCUCCCCUCUCUUUCUUCUUGUUGUGAAAUGUAUUUCCGAGCAGUAGCAACAGCAGGUCUGGUGUUUCUGUGCUUGACCGGCCAGGUAAGUGCGUCGUGCGCAUAUGGCACCAUCCUGGAGCCCAGGCCAGAGGGCGGCGCGGUCAAAGUAAACACAUUCGGAUACUCAGGGGAAAAGGGUCCCGCGAGCUGGGUCAACUUGGACCCUACCAAAAACGCCCUCUGCGCUCAUGGCUCGAAGCAAUCCCCCAUUGACAUGUCGCCGGGGUCCUUUGCCGUGAUCCGCGGCCGCAACCUGUCCCUCAGCAUCCCCGACAGGGCGGCGGGGGGCACGGACUUUGAGAACCUCGGCACCACCGUCGAGGUCGUCGUCGCCGCGGGCGGUGGCGGCAACAUGACAUUUGAGCAUGUGCCGUAUACGCUGCAGCAGUUCCACUUCCACCUGCCCAGCGAGCACCUCGACAACGGCACCAGCAUGGCCAUGGAGAUGCACAUGGUGUGGCAGGGUCCCGCCGCCGGGCAGAUUGCCGUGAUUGCCAACUUCAUUGACAUUAACGACGACGAUAACGACAACGACGAUGACGAUGUCGACGAAGACACCACGGCAGGCAACGCUUCCACCACGAAGAAUACAGCGCUCCUGGACGAGGUCCUCGGGUCCGUCGACAAGAUUGCCCGGCCGGGGACAAAGACCGAGACCGGCGCGCUCAAGAUGAGCGAGCUGGUCGAGGUCCUCUCCGCGGGCUCGUUCCAGACGUACGAGGGCUCGCUCACCACGCCUCCAUGCACCGAGGGCGUGCGGUGGCUCGUGUCGACGCAGAAGCUGGCCAUCAAGCCCGGCACCUUCAAGAUGGCCCGGUCCGUCAUUGGCUUCAACGCGCGGUUCCUGCAGAACAAUGUCGGCGUAAGGAAGCGUACGCAGAAGCGCCUGCGCGUUGGGACCGUCCCCAGGAUCCCGAUUCCGUACCCAUGGGCGUGAAAACUCGCCGCCGCAUAUUCUCCUCCUCCACCAUCCGAUGGCGGCGCUCAGACAUCAAUGCAUGGUCGUGAUACUGGAUAUCGCACACGAGUUUACCAGCAGACAGACAGGCAACUGAGAGAUUAAAAGGGGCAUGGCGCGCCGUUUUAGACAGCAUUAGAGUCCCAGGCCAUGAAAUGGACUUGUAAGACUUCCCUUUCAAAUAUACCAAUUUGUACUUGUCGGAG